CAUUCGGUGCCUCCUCACAGAGAGAAUUCAAAAUAAAGUUUCAAAGACUUUCGUAUUCAACAUUUACAUAAAAAAAAAAAGGAAGUUUUUGUAACAUCAGUUUCCAUGAGAAAGGUUAUGUGAUUCAACUUUGAAUAAUAACUGAUCAAAAUUUCCGUUGAGUUGUCUCUUGCAACUUCUGACAUAGUUUGAAAUAGCGAGACGAAGUACUAAUAAGGCUAGUAAAUUUCAAUUCGCACUUGUUCUUCUCCAUUGCUCCUCCUUACUCUCUUUCAAAGUUCACCUACUACUUCCAGAUCUUCUUUCAAGAUAAUGGGGAUCAUCUCACGGAAGAUUUUCCCAGCUUGUGGGAGCAUGUGUGUUUGCUGUCCUGCUUUGAGGUCAAGAUCACGACAGCCGGUCAAACGUUACAGAAAAUUGCUUGUUGAUAUCUUUCCUAAAUCCCCGGAUGAGCUUCCGAAUGAAAGGAAAAUCAUCAAAUUGUGUGAAUAUGCCGCAAAAAACCCUUUUCGGAUUCCGAAGAUAGCAAAAUAUCUUGAAGAAAGAUGCUACAAAGAACUGAGAUCUGAGCACAUCAAACUAGUCAAGAUUGUAGCAGAAUCAUUCAAUAAGUUGCUUUCCAUGUGUAAGGUGCAGAUUGCCUAUUUCGCUGUUGAUGUGCUUAAUGUAAUUUCGGAGCUCUUGGGUUAUUCCAAGGAUGAGACUAUUCAAACACUUGGUUGCCAAUCCUUAACAAGGUUUAUCUACUGUCAGGUAGAUGCUACUUACACUCAUAACAUUGAGAAAUUGGUGAGGAAAGUAUGCAUGCUAUCUCAGGAGCCUGGUGAAACACAUGAAAAACACUGCUUGAAGGCAUCAAGCUUGCAAUGUCUUUCAGCAAUGGUUUGGUUCAUGACUGAAUUUUCACACAUUUUUGUAGAUUUUGAUGAGAUUGUUUAUGCUACUUUAGAUAACUAUGAAUGGAGUAGAGGUGAAGAUUCUGACCUCACGGCAGAAGCCCAUCAUAAUUGGGUGGAUGAGGUUGUCCGGAGUGAAAGCCGGGCCGGUUCUGUUGUUGGUAAUGACAAUCGCUCUAGUUGUUUGAUCAUCCAACCACGUCCAGAAGUAAAGGAUCCUUCCCUUUUAACGAGAGAAGAAAUAGAAAAACCAGAAAUAUGGGCUCAAAUAUGCAUUCAAAGGAUGGUUGAAUUAGCCAAGGAAAGCACAACUAUGCGCCGUGUGUUGGAUCCAAUGUUUGUCUACUUUGAUUCAAGGCAACAUUGGGCUCCUCAGAAUGGUUUAGCAAUGAUGGUUUUAUCCAGCAUGGCCUACUUCAUGGAGAACACAGGGAAUCAACGCUUUAUUCUAGCUUCCGUGAUACAUCAUCUAGACCACAAAAAUGUUAUGAAUGAUCCCCAACUUAAGUCCUUUGUAGUUCAAGUUGCCACAUCAUUAGCCAUGCAAAUUAGAUCAGGGAGACGGUUGGCAGAGAUUGGUUUUGUUGGUGACCUUUGCAGGCAUCUUAGGAAAAGUUUCCAAGCCUCCAGUGAAUUUGUUGGAGAACAAGAGUUGAACUUGAAUAUCUCACUCCAAAGUUCCAUUGAAAACUGUUUACUGGAAAUCGCCAAUGGGGUAAUUGAUGCACAGCCAUUGUUUGACUUGAUGGCAAUAACCCUAGAAAAUAUUCCAUCUGGUGUUGUUGGUAGAGCAACCAUUGGAUCACUGAUAGUCCUUGCUCGAGCACUCACUUCAGCAUUGGUCAACUUACGUUUGCAGCAGGGAUUUCCUGAAUCUCUUCUCUUGCAACUCCUAAAAGUAAUGUUGCAUUCAGAUGUAGAGGCUCGCAUUGGAGCGCACCUUAUAUUUUCUGUACUUCUUCUUCCAAGUUCCUUCCAUACACAUGAAGUUUCUUCUCUGCGGUCCAGAUAUUUAGAUCAGCGCAAUAAAAAGCAUUCUCAUAAUACUGCAUCUGCUUCAAUAACAGCUUUACUUGAAAAGCUCCGCAGAGGCAGAGACGGUACCAAUGCAGAUAAUGGGAAUGUUGUUCAUGAUGACAAAGAAAAGGAUAAAUCGGCAGAAGAAUGGAAGCAAGGCUGUGGCUUAAAGACUUCUCCUAACUUAUACAAACUCAGCUCAAUCAUUGAUAGGGCUACAGGAUCGCCAAGCUUGACUGACACGGAACCAUAUGUUAUGAAGCUAAGUGAAGAUCAAAUGGGCCAGCUGCUUUCUGCCUUUUGGAUUCAGGCCAAUCUUCCUGAUAACUUACCUUCAAAUAUUGAAGCUAUAGCUCAUUCUUUCAUAUUAGCGCUAAUUGUUUUACGCCUAAAGAACCAUAAAGACAGAGAUAACCUGGUGAUCCGCUUCUUCCAGCUUCCUCUGUCUCUCUGGACUAUGUUGUUGGACUCAAGUAAUGGAACGUUGCCCCCAGCAUGUCAAAGGUCUAUCUUUGUGUUAUCUGUCGGGAUGCUGACAUUUGCCUGCAAGAUAUAUCAGAUCCAUGAUCUGAAUGACGUGUUCACGUCGUUAGCAAAAUCUGAAGUUGAUCCAUUCUUGGGUAUCAGUGACGACAAUCAAGUAUAUGCUAAGAGCCAUGUGGAUUUAAGAGAGUACGGUAGUGUUGCUGAUAAUCAGUUAGCCAUGUCGACUUUGUUCGAGUUGAGAAUCAAAAUAUCUAAAUAUCACCAGACUGUAAAGAAUGUUUUGGUUCAUAAUUUGACGAACUUCACUGAGAAGGAUGAAGAUAACCUGGCUGUGCUCCUGUCAGAGACAUUCAAGCCAGAUGAAGAUUUUGUGUUCGGUCCACAGUCAAUUCUUGAUCAGAAUCAAAUAACUUUUCAUUCUCAAGAGUCACUUUCGAUCGAUGAGGAUUUUCCUUCUAAUUCAGGAGGUGAAGAUGACGCAAUCAGUGAAGCUUCUGUUUCUGACCUUUCUCGAUUUAUUCCAAAGAUGCCUGUAUCACCUCCCCAGCCUCAUGUUAUCAGCAUCGGACAACUUAUGGAAUCGGCAUUAGAGGUAGCAAGUCAUGUGGCAGGAACAGCCGUCUCCACCUCACCCCUCCCAUACAACACCAUGGCUAGCCAGUGUGAAUCACUUGGGACAUUUUCACGGAAGAAGCUUUCAAAUUGGUUGGCUUUCGAGAACCAUUACACUCAAUCACCUGAUAAGUCGUUUCUAACGGCAUUUGCUCGCAACAGCAACUCAUCAGUCGAGAAGGUAGCAUAUGAGGGUGGGGAUGCAUUGCCUAGGGACCUUGGGCAUGCCAUGAAGCUGCCUCCUGCUAGCCCAUUUGAUAAUUUUCUCAAGGCUGCUGGGUGUUAGUUAUCUAUCUCCUCUAAUUCUAGAUAUAUUUUAUUAGGCACGGAUUUCUAGGAAUGGUAGGCUUGACAAAACUUUAAUUAUCUCCUUCUAUGGAUUGUUAUGUAAAUCUAGGAAUUUAAGGCAUGUAGUAAUAUUUGUAUAAUAACUAACAGUUUGUUAACUCAACUGGUCAUGACUUAGUGGUGGAUGGAAUCCUUAACUGUUUUGGGUGGGCCAGAGAACUGAAUGCCUGACUGGGCCCACUUACUGUUUUGAAGUCAAUGAGAUUGGUGACUUGGUAGUGUUUCUGUAAAUCUCGUGUGCAAUAUUAAAAUUCUACUACUACUACAUUCAA